CUGACGCAGCGCUCGUGGUUUGAGGGUUUCUUCACCAAUGGUCCUGGACACGUGAUCUUAAGCGGUACACCAUCCGCCACCUCUGCAGCAGCUAUAGCUGAGGGUGUUGCUCAGCUUGCUGCCAAAACAAAUUGCAAAGCCCCGCUCGAUCCAUUGAGUAUCGCCUCAAGCAAAAACAACGACUCAUGUGACUCUUGCGGUGACAAUGCCAUAACUAAUCUCCCAUUACUCUCACCAUCUAGUGAUCUACCUGAACCAAAAUCCAGGGAUGAGACACUCAUGCUAACAGAGCCCCAUAUAAUGGCCUCUCUGGAUCAUCUUCCCGAAUCCUCCUCAUCCUCCACCUCAUCUACGGUCAUGUUUGCUUCUGCGGUAGCCGUUGUGGCUAUCACCACCACUACCUCUUCGACAGCUGCUUCCUCCCCAUCCUCGACUUCUUCAUCUUCCUCCUCUUCAUCCUCUUCAAAGCCGGUUUCUUCAACCUCUACUUCUUCUCCCACUACUAGUUGUAUUACAACUCUUUCAAACAUUUUUGCUACUAACACUAUUCCCGCCUGCAGCAGCUCAUCUAGCUCUUUUAACUACUCUUCCCUUACCUUUUCACCAGUAUCUAGCCCACCUGUCUCCCCUCCUACACAAGCAUUGCAACCGAGCAGACCUCCAGCCACAGUUAUUAACCGUCAUCUACUUGCUAGCCAACUGUCUGGCCCUGGACACACUCACCAGCGCCAGCACCAUUAUCAUAACAAUCCCACUCAACAGCAACCUCAUUCUCAAUCGCAUCAGUGCUCUCCUAAUUCUGUCCAACAGUAUCAAAUCGGCUCUGGCCAGACAUGCGCAGCUACACCAAUAGCAACUACCUCUUCAGUUGCAGCAACAGUUGCCACUAGUGCUUCACUUUUCCGGAAUCAUGUUUCAGGAACAGGAGUCCGAAUGACCGGGCUUACACAUGUCAGCAACAAUGAUGCAGUUCCAACUGCUAGGAGCAGUAGUCCAUCUUCCGUCUCGUCGAUUACGAAUUCAUUGGGAGCUGCAAUCUUGCCUCCACCAGAGGAUACUUCUCAUGUGGUCAUGAUCAAGGGUAGGGCUCUAAACCGACUCAAAGCCGAGUUAGUACAGGUAACUUGUCUAUAG